AGGUUAAAGUUUUGCGGGUUUGGGGAAGAAACCACAGAGUCAGGUAGUUAGUGAAUUCCAGGCAUUGACCACUCUGUUGCUGAAGUCAUAUUUUCUGCAAUCAAGUUUGGAGCGGUUUACCUUGAGUUUGUAUCUAUUAUUUGCCCAUGUAUUGUUGUGGUUGAAGCUGAAGUAGUCAUUGACAGAGAAAGAAUGCUGCCAUGACAACUUUGGCUCUGAAAAUUGGGAGAAUGGACAGCCCAGCUGCACACAUUUGGGAAGUGGUGGUUUUGGGCUGCUGUUAAAAAUGCUUCCUCGGCUUCGGGCAACUUAAAGGAAUUUCCUAUAUUCAGGAUUUCCCGUUUGAACAAAGCACCAUGGAGACUUCACCGACCGUCUUCCUUCUCGCCCUAUUUAUCGUCAAAGGAUUAUCUCUGGAAUGUGAAGAGUGCCUUGGAAUAGGAGAUUGUUCUGGGAAUAUGGUGACGUGUGAUUUGGGGAAAGACAGAUGCAGUGUUACUGAGAUGGUCCUCCCAAUGGACUUGCCCGAGAAGGCUCCAGCCAAUGGGAAACAAUGCCCAGCAUGUUUUGCAUUGGGAAAAACAUGUCAUGAAGAAGUUACUGAUUGCACCGGAGACGAGUUGUACUGUGCCGAAGGACUUCUGGAUUCAAAAAUGAGUAUGUUUUCUGUGGAGGUCAGUUUGAAGGGAUGUGCAAACAAAGCUCUCUGUGAUAGCCUGGUUGGAUAUGAAGCCAUGGCUCCUGAGAACAGUGAACAUCACGCUAUGGAAUGCACACCAGACUCUUCAAUCCAGCAGCAGGAGUUCUCAACCGUCGGCCCGUGGAAUAACUUGACUAUAAUUCAAGGGUUCUCUGGGGGUGUUAAUCCCAUUCCCAGAUGGUUUGGACUCUCCCUCACAAUUCUUUCUGGCGUCCUUCUUAGGAAAUUCCUGGCUUGAUUUUUGCCAAGAUUUCAUCAUCGGAAAAAUGCCGUGCUGGUCUACGGUAUUCCAAAAUCCGGAGUCUCGUAGCACUUUUUCAGCUAAGAAAGUUUAUUAAAAACAAUAAUUAAUAUUAAUAUUAAUAUAAUUAUUAAUAUUAAUAAUUUUUGUGAGCUGUAGCUUGCAUCCAAUGUAUGCUUCGUUAGAUGCUUUAAAGCAGGGGUCUCCAACCUUGUCAACUUUAAGACUUGUGGACUUCAACUCCCAGAAUUUUUUAUUUUUUUUAUUUUUUAUUUUAUUUUGCAUUUAUAUUCCGCCCUUCUCCAAAGACUCAGGGUGGCUUACACUAUGUCAAGCAAUAGUCUUCAUCCAUUUGUAUAUUAUAUACAAAGUCAACUUAUUGCCCCAACAAUCUGGGUCCUCAUUUUACCUACCUUAUAAAGGAUGGAAGGCUGAGUCAACCUUAGGCCUGGUGGGACUUGAACCUGCAGUAAUAGCAAGCAGCUGCUGUUAAUAACAGACUGUCUUACCAGUCUGAGCCACAGAGCUUUGCUGGCUGAGGGAUUCUGGGAGUUGAAGUCCACAAGUCUUAAAGUUGCCAAGGUUGGAGACCCCUGCAUUAAAUCGUCAGGUCAUCUAAAGAUUCAAGUGAUCCAGCUUGCUUCCAGCUUCUGUAUCUUCUACAAUCAUAGAUAUUUCAAAAGAAAAUCAGGAAAGUGUCCUUACUCAGAGGUUCACAGCACUUGAGUUAAUGUUUUUGAUGUCCAGGGCUGUCCUCUAACAAUAGAAGGGCCGGCUAAUGUGCUGUAAUGUUAUCACCAACUGUGAUGGUGAGAAAUAAUGUUCAAUUGUGGUUCUCAUUCACUAUCAGAUGGAUAUACAAUCUUCAGUUCCCUUCAGCACUAGCCAAGACAGUCUUUCUUCUUUGCGGUUGGUUCCAGAAAAAAAUUCAAAGGUUGUGAUUAGAAUGGAAUGGAAUGGAAUGGAAUGGAAUGGAAUGGAAUGGAAUGGAGUAGAGUAGAGUAGAGUAGAGUAGAGUAGAGUAGAGUAGAGUAGAGUAGAGUAGAGUAGAGUAGAGUUCUUAGAGUAGAGUAGAGUAGAAUUCUUUAUUAGCCAAGUGGACACACAAGGAAUUUGUUUUUGGUGCAUAAGCUCUCACUGUACAUAAAGCUAUAAGUGAUCAUAGUCAUCUUAAAAAUACAUUCAUCAUAAAUCAUAAGGUUGUGAUUAGUAGCUUUUAUUAAGAAGAAAAAUUUUAGUUAUUACACAAGAACUCCAUCAACAUGGUUUUCAUCUAAAGCCUCUUUAUACAAUUCAUUCCAGUGCCAAAAUCUUUUCCAAUUUUUUUAGGGCCUUCCAAUGGAAAGGAAGAGAAACAAGGACAGAAGUUUCAUUUUUCUGGAAAACUGUACCUGCUUGUAACUUUGAAAACCAUCAACCCCCUUCUCGGUCUGUUUGAGAAGCAAUCUCCAGCCUGUCAUAUACGAGGAAUUUAAUGAGGACUGUAGUUUGCCAAUCAUUGGAGAACACGGUUCACUAGAUAAAAGCUAAGUCUUAGGUGGAGCUGGUAAGAUCAGGACAGAGUGAUCCAUUUCAGUGGAUUCCAGUUUUCAAUUAUUCUGAUUCACAUUCCCAUCCAUCUGCUUGUAAUUUUGAAAACAACAACACACAACGUUUGCAUUUUCAUACCCGUGUUUCCCCAAAAAUAAGACCCUGUCUUAUAUUUUUGGACCCUGAAAUGAGCGCUUGGCCUUAUUUUAACAUAAUAACAGAGUUGGAAGGGACCUUGGAGUCCAACCCCCUGCCUGGGCAGGAAACUCUACACCAUUUCAGACAAAUGGCUAUCCAACAUUUUCUUAAAAAUUUCCAGUGUUGGAGCAUUCACAACUUCUGGAGGCAAGUUGUUCUACUUAUUGAUUGUUCUAACUGUCAGGAAGUUUCUCCUUAGUUCUAAGUUGCUUCUCUCCUUGAUUAGUUUCCACCCAUUGCUUCUUGUCCUGCCCUCAGGUGCCUUGGAGAACAGCUUGACUCCCUCUUCUUUGGGGCAGCCCCUGAGAUAUUGGAACACGGCUAUCAUGUCUCCCCUAAUCCUUCUUUUCAUUAAACUAGACAUACCGAGUUCCUGCAACCGUUCUUCAUAUGUUUUAGCCUCCAGUCCCCUAAUCGUUUUAUUUUUGUUUCAUUUCAUUUUAUUUAUUUUUGUUUCAUUUCAUUUUAUUUUCGGGGAGGUCUUAUUAUUUUGGGGCACAUGGAGCAAGACGGGACUCCUCUUCCCAUCUUAUCUGAUUUCCAGCUCUGUCUACCUAACCCUAACCAGAGGAAAUGGUGGGGACCGCCUGUGCAUGCAUUUAAAUAUUUUCGGGGAGGGCUUAUUUUCGGGGAGGGCUUAUUUCAAUGCAUGCACUCAAAAACCCAAUUGGGCUUCUUAUCAGGGAUGUCUUAUUUUCGGGCAAACACGGUCCAUGUUUCUCGGUCGUUGAUUCCAUCCGGUCAAUUCCUGAGAGAAAAGGCUGGGUUACGCCAACAAACAAAUUACAGGCAACAGAUAGAUUAUUGUAGAGAGCCAGGGAAAUGUCUUUGCCGGAUGUAGGGCGGAUCUGUUACCAGAGUGACAAGGAGAAAAAUAUGGCUUAUGUCCAAACCAAGCAGAAAGGAUUCAUAAAAGAUUCAGACAGACAGACACCUCCCUAAUUUGGAUAGGUGUGAAAGGGGGAGGGGACAUAGCAGAAUCAGAUUUGCCAGAUUCUGCUACUCUAGCACACCCCCCCCCCGUCUUUCUGUCCCUCCCUCCCUCCCUCUCUUUAAAAGUUUCUGUUAGAGUUUAUCGUAAUGGAAAACACAAAGGGUUGAGUUAAGUUUGGAAAGGAAAGGGGAAGGAAGGUAAAAAGAAACAGAAGAAAAAAAAGGGAAUGAGCUCCCGCUCUAUUUUGUGCAGUACAAUACAAAAUGCAGUUGUCACCUCAACUUUUCGGCUUUGUAUUUCUAGUAGAUAUAAAUCGCUUCUAUAACAACAAUGUUAAUCUAGUCUUCGAAACCCAAGACCAAAGUUUUAUUUAUUUAUUUUUUUCUGUUUUGAGCAUAAAGUCCAGAAGUUGUUUCCAGGUGGAAACACACCGGAUAUGUUUUUCCCUCUUUAAUUAAAACAGCUUUGACACCCCCAUCGUUUUUUUUUUUCCCUACCCAUUUUUCCUUGUGGAGAUUGACUUCUCUAUUGUAGCCAUUCUCAAUAAAAACAGUCCGUCUUCCUAUCGAGAUGCUUCUUUGUCUGGUCAGCUUGGUUAUUGUCAUUUUUCUUACACAUUACUUUGAACCGGAUGAAGAAUCCUCUUUUGAAACGGGUGUGUGUGUGUGUGUGGGGGUGGCAGGCGGCUGUUCUCAGGUCAGUUGCCUGUGGAUUGCAUCUCCACAGGCUACUUAAGGCCUUAAUUCUUCUCCUCUCCAACCUGCAGCCUUAAUAAUAAUAAUAAUAAUAAUAAUAAUAAUAAUAAUAAUAAUAAUAAUAAUAAUAAUAAUAAUAAUAAUAAUAAUAAUAAUAAUAAUAUCAGAGUUGGAAGGGACCGUGGAGGUCUUCUAGUCCAACCCCCUGCCCAGGCAGGAAACUCUACACCAUUUCAGACAAAUGGCUAUCCAACAUUUUCUUAAAAAAUUUCCAGUGUUGGAGAAUUCACAGCUUCUGGAGGGAAGUUGUUCCACUGAUUAAUUGUUCUAACUGUCAGGAAAUUUCUCCUUAGUUCUAGGUUGCUUCUCUCCUUGAUUAGUUUCCACCCGUUGCUUCUUGUUCUACCCUCAGGUGCUUUGGAGAAUAGCUUGACUCCCUCUUCUUUGUGGCAGCCCCUGAGAUAUUGGAACAUUGCUAUUACAUGUCCCCUAGUCCUUCUUUUCAUGGAUUCAUGGGUUGGAUAGAGGUAACCAGAUACAGAAUAGAAUACAGAAUAACAGAGCUGGAAGGGACCUUGGAGGUCUUCUAGUCCAACCCCCUGCCCAGGCAGGAAACCCUACACCACUUCAGACAAAUGGUUGUCCAAUCUCUUCUUAAAAACUUCCAGUGUUGGAGCAUUCACAACUUCUGGAGGCAAGUUGUUCCACUGAUUAAUUAUUCUAACUGUCAGGAAAUUUCUCCUUAGUUCUAAGUUGCUUCUCUCCUUGAUUAGUUUCCACCCAUUGCUUCUUGUCCUGCCUUCAGGUGCUUUGGAGAAUAGCUUGACUCCCUCUUCUUUGUGGAAGCCCCUGAGAUAUUGGAACCCUGCUAUCAUGUCUCCCCUCGUCCUUCUUUUCAUUAAACUAGGCAUACUGAGUUGAUGGAGUCUAAUUCCAUUUGCAAACAGAUGUUGUCGAGUUGGCUCUGCUCUGCUCUCUGGCAGCCGUGUUUAUUUUUAUCAAGGAGAAGUGGCCUUCUCCUAGCAUCACUUCACUUGAUUUUUUUUCUUCCCUAGGAUAGGGGUGUCCCUCAUGCAGUGGUUGCUUGGGUUCUUAUACAUUUUUUAAUAUCAAAUAAUAUAUCAUAAUAUCUUUUUCAGUUUGUCUAAAAGACCCGCCUUCUUUUCACAUUUUUGAUGAUGGAUGGACAUUUAAGCUGAUGUUUGGGGCAGGUAAGGACAUAGGUUAUUAACAGAAUUGGGAAUCCAGCUGUUUGAGACAGCUACUGUAUGACUGUAACUUUGUUGCUGGCAAUCCUUAUGAUUUAUAUUGAUAUAUUGACCAUCAUUUGUGUUAUAAAUGUUGUACCUUGAUGAACGUAUGUUUUCUUUUAUGUACACUGAGAGCAUAUGCACCAAGACAAAUUCUUUGUGUGUCCAAUCACACUUGGCCAAUAAAAAAUUCUAUUCUA